AUGGCGUCGCCCCCGCUGGCGGCUGGGAGCGGCGGCGAGGGGAGCUCGGGCUCGGCGGGGCCGGAUCCGUCCGAUCGACAGCUGUCCACCUUGUUCGAGCAGGCGGCCGAACGGCUGCCCGCCCUGCUGCCCAGCGCCAGCAAGGAACAGUUGCUGUACCUGUACGCUCGCUACAAGCAGGUGAAAUUUGGAACCUGUAACACUCCAAAGCCAAGUUUCUUUGAUUUUGAGGGGAAGCAGAAAUGGGAAGCUUGGAAAGCCCUGGGAGACACCAGUCCUCAUCAGGCUAUGCAGGAGUACGUUGAUACAGUGAAAAAACUGGACCCCAACUGGAAUCCACAGACGACAGAGAAGAGGGGGAAAGAAAGCAAAACUGCGUUUGGAGGCCCUGUUGUCAGCUCAUUGUAUCAAGAAGAAACAAUCAGGGAAGAGGACAAGAACAUUUUUGAUUACUGCAGAGAAAACAACAUUGACUACGUAACCAAAGCCAUUCAAUCGAAAAAAGUGGAUGUGAAUGUUGCAGAUGAGGAGGGCAGGGCUCUGCUCCACUGGGCAUGCGACAGAGGACACAAGGAGCUCGUUUCAGCACUGUUGCAGCACGCUGCCGACAUUAACAGCCAGCAUUACACAGGAGAAUGCUCAAAAGUGUCUGAGCUGAAGGGGCAGCAGCGUAAUGCACCAGGCUGGGAGCUGCCCUGGUUCAGCUGCAGCUCAACAAGUGGUUCCUUCUGGCCAGCAAGCUGGAAGCUCCCCGCACUCACAACUCAACGCUCCUAGUUUUGUCAGCUGGCUGUAAUGAAGGGCUGCCCUGUGUAAUUGUGAUUGUGUUCGGAAAUAAUCGUUCAACAUAUUUCUGUCAGAUGGUGAUUGACUGCUCCUUACCAGCGUGGCUUUUAUAGGCUUUGUUCUCCUGCCCAGUUUGGACAGAGAUGCUCUCCUUUUGACAACUUUGCAAGCUCUUUGCAGCGAGAUGGCUUCAUCAGCCUUGCAGAAGGUGCUGUGGGAAUUUGUACAAAGUGGAUCUUCACCACACUCGUGGCAUGGCAUACCCCAUUGUCAGCCCAGAGCCAGCCUUCCAGCGAGCUAGCAGGCAGUGCGUCAGAUGCAUCUGGGGAGAGCUUCCCUUCGAAAUGAGAUGGAGGAGGGGCCCACCACCUGCCCAUCCCCUUUAACCUGACAGCCUGGGAGGUGGUUCUGUUUGAAAUGCUGUACUGCAUCAGCACGCAGGCAAUUCAUUUUUUGGAUAACUAUGUCAUUUCUUUGGAGGUAAAGUCUGACUCCUAGAAGAGAAGGCUGAGGGGAGAAUUGUCUUAUUUUUCUCCAAACUUCAAUUUUCUGUUAAAUUCUUUCCAUUCUUUUUUCUUGAUGUAUUGCACAUUUUCUAACCAGUUUAUUUUUGGCCAGUAACAAAAGGUUAAUAGUGGCCAUAAAAAGAAAAUCAAUCUUUGACUUUUUUUUUCCCACCAAAGUAAUAAAGGAGAAUUUUUAUAAAGGUCCUGCAUUGCACGUAGGUGUGUUCCCAGGGAAGGCAGGCGCGUUUUUAUUCUCAGCCAUAUGUAAGUUGCAAUAACAUUUUGAGACUUCAUGACCUAAUGUUUAUUUCUUCUUUAUUUUGACCUUUACUCUCUGAGAAUUCACACCCAGAGAAGAACCAGAAAGAGUUUUUGAAGAGUAACCUGAAGAAGAAAGGGAGAGGGAAAAAAUGUGGCUUCCUAAGCAGCCAUAAACACUGCAAUGUCUGCUAUUACACAUUACCAAUUGCACUGUCAGUUAAUGCGUGGGCCAUGAAGAACCAUGGGGUAGGCGUACAGGGAUCUCUGAUGACUUGAAGCAAUAGUGCCAUUAUUCCAGCCUGCACAUAUGCCUUGCUCACUCUUUACUGCCUUAUUUUAGUUCACCCGUUGCAAUGCUUACCUUGUGGAAGCUCUUGAAACCUCUGGAUCUGGAUCUAUUACUCUUCGUUGUUAAACAGGCAGCUUGGAGCAGGAGGAGAGCUUGCCUGGCUCCACUCAUUCUCAUAGCAUGCUCCGAACAGCCCCGAUUCUGGCAGUGUGGUGUUUUUUGCUUUAAAUGGUGGUACUGCAGCUUCAGAAGGGCGGUUCAUUAAUGUCACCGAAAAGCUGCAGCCAUUGAGUUCUCUGAUUGUUCAUAAUUAGCUCUAAUAGCACAUUUGACAAGCGGUAACCGAUUGCCAUGGGCAAAGGGAUACAGAAAGGCAACAGGCUUCUCUUCACGUUGAAAAGGGACGUUUAUGCAAUUGAAUUACCUAAAUCUUCGGAGCCAGAGGCCAUUUCCAAGUGGGUGGUGUUACCGUGUUUUGGAGCCCUGCUGGAAAUAUCCAGAGCUAGGGAUCAGGCUGAAAACAGCCUCCUGCUGCUGCAGCUCUGCUUGCUUAAAAUGUAGGCUUUUAAUUGAGUGGUGAAGGGAGGGGAAGGGGAGCAUAUUCAUAACGCGGUAGUUACAAAGCAGCUCAGACAGCAUGAUUGUAAUAUCAAUUUCUAGCUUUAAAAUAUAUGAAGACAUGAAUAAGUUUCCCUUGCAGAAGGUCAAGCGACAAAGGAAAACCUUUUUACACUGUCAAAGUGUCAGUUGUGACAAUUUUUCCUGCAGCAUUUGCCCUGGCCUUGGAAAGGAGGUUUCAAAGCAGGGGGCAUUGGAUGCUGGGUGCGCAGAAUUGCACCCCAGUCUUGUGCUGCCAUGCAGCUGUGCAUCCUCUGUGUUCCCUGUGCUUUCAGAAGGAUGAAGGGCAUCGUAGUCUAAUAACUGUCCAUUGAGAGGAAGAACAGCAAGUAGUAUCUUGUAACACCAAAGCAGUAAACUUGAGACUUGCCCCAGCCUUGCUGUCUCUGCACAUCAUUGUGUGUUUCACGUCAUCAGCUUAUCAACAUUAUACUUACAUAUAGAAAAUAGCACUGUAAUUUGGCUACUUUGGUCACGAUCCAAGUUCUAACUGACCUGUUUGCUUUGUUUGCUGACCUUUCAGUUCCUCAGUAAAGGCACAGGUCACUGUACGAAGGUUUCACACCUGUUGUCAGUAAGUUUUCCAGUCACCCCUGGGCCCUCAGGGCCUUGGGAAGGAAACUUGAGAACCGCAGCUGGAAAUCAGCAGGUUGGGAAGUUUGUUGCCAAUAGGAGUGAGUUUUAUUUUAUUUGUUUGUACACACCUGUAACUUCAUUGAAAGUCAUUAAGCAUCCCGCACUGUCUGCAGUGAGGGCUGGUUGCUCUCUCUCAUACCUGUGUGAAUGUUGCAUCUGUGUGCUGAACUAAUUCACACCAGGCAGCUCAGCUGCCUGAAGUCUAUUUUGUUUCCUUUAAGAGUAGCACAAGAAGUGUGGCUGCUUCCCCAGCCUAUCUUUUCUCCUAGUCCCCUGCCAAAAGCCCCAGCAGGCAGCAGCUCUCCAUCUGCAUGCCAGCAUGCUUUUGAGUCAUAGGACUUCUGGAGCCUGGGAUGGGGAGUAGCAGUCCCCUCAUAAUACCUUCACGUCCUCAUUGGGGGAAAAAAAAAAAAAAAUCUUUUCAAAUGGAGACAAUACAAACAUAAUAAAUGGCAGGGAGGGUUCAUCUCCCUCAUGACUCAAUCCUUCUCAAACAACAUUAUUAUUGACUGGCCUAUUGGUUGCCAAAAAAGAAAAUCAAUUGUACUAGAGGUGGUUGCUGUGCCACAGAUCAUGGUACUAACCCAGCAGAGACAGGUUGAUUUUUAUCAACUGAGCCCAAAGACUAAUUUCCACCAUUAGCUAAAAAUGAAGUAGGAAUUACGGAUGUGUUGAAGAUUGCUAAGAUUGGUGGCCAGUUGGUUUUGUUUGCAAGGCCUUUGCGUUUUCCUGUCUGACUCUUGAAUGAUUGCAUGUAUAGAGUAAAAAGAAGCCAGAAAAAGUC